AUAAAAAAACAUUACAAUCCACAGAUAUUUGCAAUCAUAAUCCUAUAAAAUUUUAGAAAUACACAAAUUUACAUACACCAAUAAAUGUAAAUUCUGUGCAAGGUGACACUGUCCGGUAAAAAAUCAUUUGAAAAUAUUUGAAAAUCUAUUAAUUUCUAAUAGAAAGAGAAAGAACAAGAUUAAGUAAAGACUUCAAAAAGUUAAAAAACUGUACUUUUAAUCGAACAGAAAGUUGGACAUUGUUCAAACAUUUAUAAUAAUUCUAGGGGUCAAUGAGCUUUCAUGUUUUAUACUUGACGCAAGAUCUACAGAUCUUAUAACUUGUUCCGUCUGUACUGGCCAGUAGUCACAGUACACUGUGUAUUAAAAGAAAUGGCAGUAGACUUGGAUCCGAAUGAUCCUCAAAUACGUUUAUCACAAUUUCUUUAUGUUGGAAAAGAAUAUCCCGAUUAUCAACCAGGAAAUUGGUUUGUCCAUAAUUACUUCUUAGCUAAAAAUGUUCCAUCUAUAGAAGAACUCGCAGAGAAUAUAGAGAAGCAACUGUUACCAGUGGAAAUUAUUACAAAGGCAUUUGAAAGUAACCUUGUUCCAAAUCCAGAGACAUUAGUAUUUGCACUUGCUGUUUGCUGUAGACAAAUGAAAAGUGAGACUUUACGUCAUGCAGCUUACGCAGCCCUGAAUAAAAUUUGUUCAUCCCCGCAACAUUUUAUCUUGUUUAUCAAAUUUGCCUCCCAAAUAAGUAAACAAAAAGAACUCGAUGCAAAUAGUAGCUCAAAGCACGGAUGGGGUCAAGGCUUAAGAAAGGCUGUAAAUCAUUGGUAUUUGUCAAAAACUCCAAUGGAGUUGGCAAAGUGUGUAACAAGGUAUAGAGGCAGAUACGGUUGGAAGCAUAAAGAUAUCAUAAAACUAUCACAUCCUGUAUCCAAGAAUCCUGGUGGAGAAAUUGUUUUUAAAUAUAUAAUACGAGGUUUGGAAGAAAUUAAUAAAUCGUUUGAUGAGAAUUCUGAAUUCACGGAAAUAAUAGAAUACAUUAAAAAUGUUGAAGACUUUAAACACUGCAGCGACCAAGUUCGGGCUGCUGCUCUUUUAGAAACCUAUAAACUGACAUUGGAUCAUGUACCUGGACAUUUGUUAAAGUCUAAAGAAAUUUGGAAUGCAUUAAUACCGUCAAUGGAUUUGCACAUGCUCUUAACUAAUCUGCAGAGAAUACAUAAUCUUGAAUUAUUAAGACCAAACUCGCCAACAGUUUCUAAAGUAACAGAGCAACUUAUUAAUGACGAAAAUAUAUCCCGAAGUAAGGUUCAUCCAGCUCUAGUAUUAGUUACAAUAAGGGAUUAUGAAAAUUCUGGAAAACCAUUAACGUAUGAAAAAAGAAAAAUUAGAGAACAGUUUGAUAAACCUUUACCAGCUCCACCUAAACCGAAUUCUAAAAUCAUUGAUGCUCUCUAUAAACUGUUAAAUCUUUCAUUUGCUCAUAUUCAACCAACUGGUUUACGUUACAUGGUAACAAUUAAUAUGAACAAAGUGAUGUUGGAAACGCAUGCUUGGCGUAGCGGAAAUGUAAAUGGUGCCGAAGCAGGGUGCAUGAUAGCACUUGCGCUUCUUCGCAGUGAGAAGAAUGUCACCAUAGCGACGUUUAAAAAUGUUGGUAUUCAUACUGUAAACAUUGACAAAACUGCUUCCUUUGGUCAGGCUAUGAGAAGAUUGCAACAGAUGCCUGUUGGAAAUGUAAAUUUGGGUAAACCGAUGUCGUGGGCCGCUUAUCAAAAUAAUAAAUACGACGUAUUUAUUAACGUCGUAGAUCAAAUAUUCGAAAAAACUGAUACUUCUGAAGAGGCUCUUCAAGCAUACAAAGCUAAAGUUAAACUUCCAAAUACAAAGUUAAUAAAUUGUGCUGUAUGUUCAUCGUCGACGUACCGUAAGAAAAAAGUUGAUGGAAAUAUUUUAACAAUUAACGGGUUUGACGCUACUGUACCUGUAAUUAUACAGGCUUUUGCAAAAUCUCUCUUCUAAUUACUGCAUGCAUAGCAGUUCUUUCUUUGGCAAGCAAGUACUAGCUGACCAAUUACUACGCUAUACGAUUAUGGCAUUGUCAAUUAAGGAAUACAUUCAAACACGUACACUGUUACGAUUAGACCCGUCAAAAGUAAUUUCCAAUAAUCUAUCAAUUCUACUAGUCUGAUGCUGAUGCUACUAGUAGUCAAAGCAUAGAAAAUUACUAUUUUCUACUGUUAAAAGAAAAGUAGAGAGCUUGUUGUUAACUUGUUGUUCCCAAGUAUUCAAACAGAAACAACGCGAACAUUUCAAUAGGAUAUUAAAGAAAGAAAGAAAAAAAAAAAAUUUGUUUUAAAAUAAUGCCGAAAAAAUUAUUUAAUUUAAAACAAUCUCUCUCGACGAUUUCGAAUUAAUUCUAAAAAUUACCAGUUGACAUUAUAUAUUUAAUUUAAUACAUACAUACAUAUAUGUUUGGUACGAUUAGAGAGAAAGAACUGUUCGGCACUUAACGUUAAUUCGUUUCUAAUUCCUAACAUUAUAAUUAUCCAAUAUCAAUAUUAAUAUCUCAACAUUACUAAAUAUUUACUGCAUGUUUUUAGCAUUUAGAGUGAGCUGUGUAAUUUUUGAUAUAAUUUUAUUUGCGUUUAAAGGGUGGUCCAAUGAACUCUGUAAAUAUUUCUUUACACAACGGAUAACACAAUGACAAAUGAAUCGAUAAUUGACAAGUAAAUGAAUGUGAUACAUCUGUGAUCGACCACUUGAUUAGAUAAAGGAAGAUAUUUCAAACGACAUGGACCACUUUAUGUCAUUUAGAAACAGGUAUAGAUUUAUUAAUGUGUCGUUUUCCAUUUUAUAAAAUCCGUUGCGCAGCUAAAAAAAAAAAAAUAAUUAGGAUAAGACUGCAUAUUAGAUACGAGGCAAGUAUCUAAAACAGCCUAUGGGGCAUUUUUCAAUUAAUGUUAAAAGAUACUUUUACUUUAAUCAUAUCUGCUUAUUUCAACUGGUUAACGGUAAAGGUGUCUGUAAAAUCUCUAUCGAAACAUAUAUAUAUAUAUAUAUAUAUAUACAUAUAGAUGUAACGUAAUGUUUAAGAUAUUACACAUUUAGGGCUGGUGCGCUUCUGGAAGUCUGAAUUAGAAUUUAAAAAGAGAAAAAAAAAAGAAAAAAAGAUAGAAUGUUGAAAAUUUUCCCACUGUGAUAUGCAUUUAGCCCCAAAGAAUAUAGACUUACAUUAGUAUAAUUUUACUGUUAUAUUUCAUAUUUGCCAUAUCCAAAGUAAAUACGACAAAUACUAAAUACAAUACUAAUAUAAUACUGUGAUACAAAGUACAUUGUUAUUGUUCAAACUAGGAGAAAAGAUAAGUGAAAAGUAAAACCAGAAGCGCACCAUAUGCCUGCUUUAUUUGUUGAUUAGUACAUCUAUUAGUACACCAAUUUUCUUUUUUCCUUUAUUGUUAAAAAUACGAGAUAAUUUCCAGAGAUACCUCUGAUCUUGUGUAAAUCGAUCCUUGAAUUACCAUUAUGAAGAAAAAAAAAGAAAAAAAAAAGACUUUUAGUUUUCAAAGUGAAAAGCAAGAUUUUUUCUUAAAGUAUGUCGCUAAAAAGUACAGCGUGGAUGAAUUCUCAGGUUUGACAAACAUUUAAAUUAAGUGCCUAAAUGUUCACGUGUUCUUUGCAGCCCUCUCGGUAAUUCAUGGAUCGAUGUCAAUCGUGUAUGAUUAAUUUGAAUUACACGUACAUAAAUUAUAGAGAGAUGCAUAGCGAUAUUAUAGUUUCCCCUAUAUGGAAGAAACGAAAUUGAAUCGGAUAAAAAGGUAUAUGCAUUAGCGUUAAUAUUUCUUCGAAUUGAAGUUCACCUUGUAAUCUUUAAUCUUAUUGUUAGUUGCGCGACACCAUGGAACUUUUUAUAACUCAUAAGUUAUCAAGAAAUGAUAGUAUUUUUUAGACAAGUUUUCCUAAUCGAAGUUCAUGGAUCUACAAUGCGCUCGAAAGAUUAUUUAUACAUAUAUGUAUAGCGAAGUCUCUCCCGUCGUCCCAUUGAAACGUGGAGGAAAAGAAAAUGAAAUUUUUUUUUUUCUCUUCAUAAAAUCAUUACGCUAAUAGAUGAUUAAAUAUUUUAAAUAUUUUUAAAAGUCGCGCAUCUAAUUACUAUUUAUUCAUUGCGUAAAGGUAACAAACCGUAUGCUACAUUUGUAUUUGUAGCUUAUUAUAUUCGAUAAUAUCACGUAAAACUAGCUUAAUGUAUUAUACGUGCUAUUAUACCUAACGAUCGAAGAGAACAUAAUCUUACGUUUGGUCACUGUCAUUUUUUAACUGCCAUUUUUUAUGUACUAAACAUUGUAAUCGUGAACUAACUUUAGCAUUGAUACGAAAAGUAAUCGAUGCAAUUACAUCAAGGUUUAAUUAAUUCACCGAAUAAUAUCUAGUUCAACAAUCUUACGUAUUUGUUAAAAUUUAAUUAGAAACAUUCAGUCGCCCUUGAAAUCGUAAUGAAAUUUCUUCUCGAUCGUAAAAUAGACAUGUUUAUUGUCUAUUGCAAAAGGAACGAAAACAUAGUGGGGAAAAAAAAGAAAGGUAAAAAGCUUGAACGAUACCUUUUACAUUCAUGCUUCUCUUUCGAAGAUACUGGUUUCAAUCCGUGCCGUUCUGUCCGAUUGAAACCUGAAAAACAAUACGUUGUAUUAUAAUAGAAUUCAAAAUAUAUCGUUUACACAAAGUAUCGGGUAAUCUUGAUUGUGGUUGCAUUUUGUUCAAACACAAGCGAGAAAGAAAUCAGCUUCCUUGAUAAAAAUGAACUUUUACAAAUCGUUUGUCUACAAAUAAUAUAUUCUCAGAUAAAGUCUCAGAACGGAGGUGAAUACGAUGACAAAAAAUGUUCCUUAGGAUUAAUGAAAUCCAACAAAAAAUGAGAAAAGUUGUUGUACUCGCAUUUUUAGUACAUUACUCAUCAACGAAUCCAAUAGAAAAACGCUCACCGGCUAUCGUUUUGUAUAAAUCUUUUGAAAUAAUGCCAAAAAAAAGAAAAGAAAAAUUAAAUUUUAAUCCUUAUUCUGAAUAUUGUAAAUACGUAUGUAUGUAUGUAUGUAUGUAUGUAUGUAUUCGAAAUGGGUAUGCACUAAUAAUGUUCACAAAAAUUCAAGUAUUUAAAUCAUGAUUCACAUGGAAUGCCUACUUUUCGGCCUUACUUUUGUAUAAAAUAAAAAGAGAAAGAGAAAAAGUUGGAAACUUUCUGCAAAGUAGACAUUCAUUCGACAACCUUUAAAGAUGUUAUAUGUAGUUGUCGGUUAUUUAUUAUCCAUGAAUGGUAUAAUGAUAUAGUAUGUUUUUAUGCUUAAAAAAAGUAUUACUAUUUUUUAAUUUUUUUUUUUCUAACAUCGUUACUUUUGUAAAUUAUAAAAUCAAAAUCUAUUCUAUGGAAACAGAAAAAAAAGGCAAUCAUAUGAAAUUAAAUGACAAAAGAUUUCUUCGCUAUAAUGGAAAAUGAUUGUCAUGGAAUUCCAAUGGUAUUUUUGUACCCAAAAUGAUCUGUAUGUACACUUUAGAAAUAUAUAUUUAAUAAUUGAAACGCUACGAUAUGAACUAACGAUAAAAUAUCAAAAAGCAAGUUAUAAAUACAAAAGAGUAUGUUAUCGUUCAUCAUCAUCAUUAUCAUUAUCAUUAUUAUUAUUAUUAUUAUUAUUAUUAUUAUUAUUAUGUCUGUCGAUAUUAUAUUUCGAUACAAAAAGUUAUAAAGAAUGAAUCCUGCCUGUAAAGUUUCAACUGUUUCUGUUACAAGAUCAAACUGCAUCUUCAAAUAAAAUUUGUUCGAAAUUCA